UUCCCACCACUGGGGGACAUAUAGAGAGAAGAGAGAAGAAGAAGAAGGACCCGCGUGCUGCGUGCUGUGGCGCGUUUUGCACCCUUCGAGAAAGUGACAUUUGCGUUUUAAUAGAGUGUCAGUUUAGUGUUUAAAGUGACGUUUUUCUUAAGUUAAAAGUGUUAUUUAUAUAUAUAAAUACUUGUGAAUUUUUAAUUUGUCGCCAAAUGUGUUUAUUUAUGUCGUGCAUUUUGUGUGUUUACAAAAAUUAUAAUCUUUUUUUAUUGGACUCUUCCAAAAAGAGGGUUGCUUUCUAACCUUAUUUCUGCAAACAAAGACUGUGCCACGGACGCUGACAUCUGUUACUCCAUAUUCCAUUUUGACAAUGAUCAAAUGCAUUGAAUCAUUUGCGGGAUUGUGUGUGAUUAUUUUCAAUUAACAAUCUUAUACAAUACGUCAGUCAACGAAGCGUGUUCGUGCGUGAAAGGUAAACAAAUGGAAGGAGAAGUUCUUUAAAAUGUUGUUGUUUCAACGACUUUGUAUUUCUUAUUCAAGAAUGUGUUAAAAUUUUUGUCCAAUUUCUACAAUUGUUUUUCUUUUGAAUGAGAAUUUGUGUUUUUAAUGCAAAAUGGAUAAAUGUUUGGAAGUUAUUGACAGCCCGGUGGGAAAGGUGAAUGUUAGUAAUCGGAGUUCUCGUAGUUCAUUUGGAAGUUAUGAUAGUGGAUAUUUAACAUUAACCCCACAACCUGGAUGUCAUUCGCCAAGUACGGGAAGUCGUGUUCGAAUUUCGAAUACGUCAAUAAAACGGAGCCGCUUUCGAAAUGAUCCAUUACAAUCGGAAAGAAUUACAAGACUUCGUUCAAAAUUUUCAACUCUCUUGGAUAAUUCGUGCUGUGAGGGAAAUAAGUCAAGUAGUCGUAGUUCACUUCCAAAUAAAUUUCAACAUCAAUUGUCAUGCAGCGAGAAUGCAAGUGGUCACGGCGUAUUGCCCGAGUAUCAGGAAUUUGGAAUGGAACUUCGAAAUCGAAAUCUUCGAGCUUGGAGGGCGACUGUACCGGUAAAUCCAGCUGAUGAUUUGAAACUUUUAGCAUCACCACCAUCGCCGGCAAUUCCAAGUUCAUCGUUUCAAGCUUCAGAACCUAAUGAAUUUGUCGAAAUUAAGGCAAUAAUGCAUCAGAGUACACCUCAUAUUUCAACGAUGAAAUCAUCUUAUCGAUCGAUAAGAAGAAGCAGCCCGGUAUUAACUUCCGUUGAUAGACGAAGACUCAGUAGAUUAGUAAUUAAUGAUUUGGCAACGGUACCGGAAAUCAAGCCAAAGAGACUUGAUUUCAGUCAAAGAGGUCUCUCAGCAUCCUUUAGAAGAAGUCGAGCGACGAGAGAUCAAACUGGUAUACCAAAUGUUGAUAUGCUUGUUUUAUUGGGCGAAAAAAGUAAUCAUUGGCGUGUUGUUUCCAAUAUUUUAGCAUUAUUGAGUCCACAAGACUUGUGUUCUGUUAGUAUGGUUUCAAAAGCAUGGCAAAGAAUUUGUGCAAAUGAUUCAAAGGCAAAUAUCAGAAGACUGACACACAUAAUACUCAGGCAGGAUGUUAAGGAGAAUCUCAAAUUUAGAAAAGCAAAAAUGGAAAUGGAAAUUACGACAAGUCCAAGGAGUAGAUUCACGAGGAAGGGUUAUCUUCUCGAGGUCCAGAAUCUAAUACAAAAUGGUCACAAAUCAUUGCCGCCAAAUAGCCCGCCAGUUUCGCCUAGUAAAGUCAAAUUCCACUCUUUUGUCAAGGCUAGUCGUACCCUUGCACCUUGGGAGCAUCUUUUGCCUUGUCCAAGAUGUACAUUUCCAUGUCACGUCGACAUUGAAAAGAACGUCGGCAAAUGUUCGAGGCAAAGCUGUUGUUUUGAAUUUUGCGCAAUGUGCUCGUCGAGUUUUCACAAUGGACCGUGCAAAACUCCAUUACUCGCCACCCCGACGAAAAAGAGGAACAAGCCCCUCGUCGUUGGUUCGAGACAAAGCAAGAGGAAUUUACGUCGUCUAUAGCAUUGCCAGAAAGCCUUAAAUUUUUAAAUAUGCUGAUCAAUUUCCAAACACAAUGGUUCUCUCACUCUCUUCAUUAUAUUGAGAUGUUUCUGAGUUCUUCUCUGAAAUGGAGAUUAUCGUUAUUGUUUAAGUCAAUUUACAAGAAUUAUUUUUUUCCCCCAAUUUUUACUCUUUCAUGUUUUCAUGUUCUUUAUAUUAUUUAUAUACAAAAGUUGUAAAAAAGUUCAUUUUGAAGUUUUAUCAAACUUGACGUUUUUUUUACAAAUUUUCAAUUUACUCUUAUUUAUAAAAGAGUCGUUAUUGCUUUUUGUUUUUAUACAGAAAAAAAAACCAUUGAAUUUAAAAAACCAAUUAUUUUGAUUUUAAUUUGAGCAUUUUUUUCCGUACGCUAUAUAAUAGUCAUUCAUUAACAAUAUUAUUGUUAAAUGAUUAAAAACAAUUUUUUUUUGAAAAAAUUCUCCUUUUGAGAGGAUUGGAAACCUCACAAUGUCUCGAGGCAUCUCGAAGAAUUUCGCAUGUACCAAACGUGGUUUGAAAAAAAAAACAAAAGAGAAAGAAAGAGGGUAGAGGCAAAAGCGUCUGCCCAUAAAAGAAACUCCAGAGUCACCGUAAAUAUUUCAGUCUUAAGUAUCGGUUGCAAUCCUUCACUGGAACGAACGGUUCGUUGGUACUUGUCAUCCAGUAAAACUACUUUUUACCGCAUAAAUUUUGUGUGCCACAAUUUUUUUUUGUGGCGGAAUCUAAUUAUUUACAUAUUUUAAUCACACACGCACUACAACAAAAUUCGCAAAUUUAGAAUUUUUUUUUUAUUUCAUUAAAUAAAAAAAUAUAAUCAAAUUUAAUUAAAUUAAAAUUAAAAUUAUUUUUUUUUAAUAUUAGACAAAUUUAAAAAAAUUUAACAAAAACAAUGUUUAAAACAUUUUACAAUUUGCAUAUUUUAUACAAUGUAAGAUUUACUGGAUGGUAAAAUCGACUUCCGUCCUUGAAAUCGUUUCACUAUUUUAUCGUUGAGAUAACAAGAGCGAUAAAAGUAGCUUUAAAGAUUUCGCGGAAAAAGGGAUGCAGCCAAGAUUUGUGAUUUUGUGACCGUUAAGACUUCAAAGGAUGCAAUAAAUUAGUUGAAUAUUUAUCCAAGGAGAAUAAACAAUAUUAUAUAAUAAUUUCAUUGAAAUUAUAUUUUUAUUUCAUUUUAAUGAAAUUGAAAUAAUGAAAUUGUAAUAAUGAAAUUAAAAUAAUUAAAUUAAAAAUUUUUAUAUAUGGCAAUAAAAUUAAUUAAAUUUAAAUUAAAAAUAAUUUUACAAGCAUUCUACAAAAAUUGGUUGUUUUACAAAGUAUAUAAUUUUAUUUCUACUACGAUAAAUAUAACUGAAUUUUAUUGACGUUACGUUGAAGUCUUUCGAAAAAUUAUGUCGAAAAUCGAGUCGAUUGACCAUUUGUUUAUAAAUUAUGGCAAAUGAAAAAUAGAUUAUAAAUAAUAUGUAAUUACUGUAUAUUAUUGAAAAAAUGGAUGAGACAUUCAAACGUUUUUCAUUGGGAGCUUUAUGUAUGUAAAAAAGAACAAAGUUUACCAAAAGAAUAACGUUUUGAAGUCUCGUCUAAUUUUUUUUUUUUUUUAUUUUUACUAGUCGCGUCAGAUGACAAAUUUUUUAUGUUGUUAAGUCGCUUGAAAGUAUUAUUUUGCAGAUUAACAUGAAUUUAAGGAUGAAAUAUAAUCUCAGGAAAAUCUAUCACAUUUUUAUGGAAUAAAAAUUUGAUUUAAUUCAUUAAAUUUAAAAAUUUUUGACUUAAUAAUAUAUUAAAUUUUAUAAAAUUUAAAUUUAUUAAAUUAAAUUUUAUAACAUUUUUAAUUUAAGAAAUUAAAUUUUAUUAGAAAUUUCAUAAAUAUUAUAGAUUUUUUUGAUGAAAUCAACUUAUUUUUCAAAAAAUAUAUUUUGGUGUACAUGGAAGUUAAAUUCGUGCCAUUUUUUUUUGUUUGAGCCAUAAGAAUUGCCAUACAGAAUUUUUCGUACAAAAAAAGAACUCAAUCAUUAAAUUUUUUGUAAUUAUUAAUUGAGAGAAACUCAGGUUCUUAGAGUAAUUGCAAACAUAUAUAUUUUUUUAAAAAAGUACCUUUUUAAAUUCAUUAGACAAGAUAAUUCGCCAUUCUUUAAAAAUAUCCAUGUCAACAGUUUUUAAUUUUUAAGCAUUCAAAUUACUUUUACUGAAUUUCAUAUUUUAUUUUUUUUCUUUCUGGAAAAAACUGCAUGUAAAUAUACACAAAAACAUGUGGAGUAAUAUUUAUUGUAUAUUCCCCUUUAUUUUCGCAAUCAGAUUAAUUUAAAAACAUUGUACGUUCAACGUUCAAUGAAAAACUUCAAACACUAUGGUGCACAUGUAACAAGUAUUUGAAGUUCUUUUCUUAUCAUGUAUAACUUAAUGAAAAAAUUUUAUUCGUGAAACGAUUAUUUGUAUUUUUGUGUAAUUUAAUCAAAUAGAAGAAAAAAAAUUAUGUAAAAUUUUAUUUAAAAAAAAAAAAAAAAAAAAAAAAUGUAAACAAAAAUUGUAUGAAAUGAAUGUAUAUUUAAAAUUUUUGUAUGUAUAGUUAUAAUUUGGGCCUCUUAAAGAAUGUUUAAUGUAAACCAGUUUAAGAACAUUGUAAUACAUCGUUUUAUAUAGAUAUCCUAGAAAUAAGCGAGAAAGAAAGUUUUCUUGAAAUUCAAAUGGCAUUGAUGUUUACAGAAAGCAAUUUAUUUUUCCAGAUUUUUAUAGUUUAGGAAUGAAUUCAGUGAUUAUUGAAACACUUAGUUAUUAACAAAGCGCAAAAUGCAUGUAAAUAAUUUGUAAAAAAAAAUAUUGCGAAGUAGUUUACUAGAUAGAUUGAAAAUAUCAGAAUUUUUAUUUAACAUUAUUUCUAUUUUAUUAAAAUUUAAAACAUGUAUAAAAUUUUCAUAAUUUUUAUUCUUUGCAUUCCUAUUUACAAAAAUUAUUAAUAAUAAAUAACAAUUUAAAUAGAGGAAAAAUGAUUAAAUUUGUUUGUACCUUUUUUUUCAAAUUGUCGAAUAAAAUAAUAAAUUAUAUUAAAUAAAAAUUCAAAAAUUUUCAUAGUAUUUAAUGAAACAAAAUGAAAACUCGACUUCUUUCUGAGAUUAACAUUUGCCAUAAAUAUUUUUGUAUUUCGCUAGAUCUCUAGGAUAUAAGCCCAUAUACAUUUGAUACAUAUCUUUAUGAGUGCGAGUAUAUAUAUAUAUAUUGUUUAGUUAUGUGAGAAUAAUUUAGUCUUUUAAACGUAUGAAUCGUGUGUGGUAAAAAUUAAGUUAUCCCAGUAAAGAAAAAUUCUUGAGUGCCUUAUUAAUCUAAGUGACCAAAACAACAAACAAACAAAAAAUUUAUAGAAAAAUGAAAAGAAAAAUCAAAGGAAAACAAAGUGACUUAAACAUUCCUAUUUUUUUUAAGUUUAGAUUAUUUAAAUAUAUUGGUGAUAAUAUUUUUUUAAAAAUAUUUGUGAGAUUUAAAUUUAAAUUAGUAAAAGAUAUAAAAAUUGUGUGACACCAAAUAUGAUGUACACUUUGUUUUCGUUUUGAUAAAAUAUUGAAAGACGAGUUUAAAAGAUGAAAGGAAGUUGGAUGUCGCGAAUUCGAAAAAUCAAUUUAUUUUUGAACGUAAAUUUGACAUUUCUUCACUUAUUAAAAAAAAAAAAUGAUUUGCUCAAAUCGUUUGAAAAAAUAAAUAAGUUGUAUGUCUAUUGCCAAAAAAAGGAAACGAAAAAAAGUAAAUUUUCAGUAUUGCGCAUUCGUUCGCCAUUCCUUUUAUUAAGUUAUGCUCUCUGUAUCUGGUCAUGUGAUUUAUGCUAAGGAUUCAAGUUCAGAUCCGGUUUCUUUCUUAUAUACGGGACCACGAAUGCAGCCAUUUCAUUCCCUUAAACUAAUUGAAAGCAAACGCCGCUGCUUGUUUACUAUCAAGAAUACAAUAUUUUAAUCUAAACUAAAAAGAUAUUUUACAUUUUUGUCAGUUUAAAAUUUUCACAAAAAAAAGAAAAUAUUAUUUUUUUCAAAAUUAAAGUUUUUAUCGUUCUUAUUUUAAAAAUUUUCAAAAAAAGGGAAGAUCUAAAUUUGGUAAUAAUAUAAAAUCUUUUUUUCUUUUUGAAAAUUCUCAUACUAAUAAUGCAUAUGGUACAAUUCAAGAAAGAAAUAAUUUUUAUUGUAAGAUAUAAAUGUAGAGAAGAGGAAAGGAAAUUUUCAAAAUUUCAUUUCUCUCUGAUACUGUUUUAAAAAACAAAUUUUAGUGCAAAUUUAUUUAAUUUAAUUUAGAAAUUUUAUUUUAGAAAAAAAGACAUUAAAAUAUAUUUAAAAAAUUUCUUUCCUCUACUCUUUAAAUACCUCGUUUUAAUUAAAAAAUGAAUACUCAAAAAAAAUAUAUAUUUAAAAACAUUUUACUGCAUUCUUUUUAGGUAUAAGUUAUUUAAAAAGAGAAAUUUCUAAGUAUUUAAAAAAAACAAAAGGUGAUACCAAAUAAAGCGAAAAAUAUGCAAUAAGUUUAUGAAAAAUAUUAAUAUUUUUCUAGCUGACUUAUUAAAUUUACUAUUGUAACAAUUUAUGCUCGAGUGCAAGAAUGUGAAAUGAUACAUUAAAAAUGCUCAAUUUAAUGUUAUUCGUGUUAAUUAAUUUCACGGCAAAAAUCAAUUUGUGUAUCUAUGAGUUUAUCUUUAAUUAGUAAAUUUUCAAAUAUUUUGAAAAA